GCUGCUCUCCUCACUUCUCCUCUCUCUCUCCACCUGGAUAUACCGAUCAAGGGCCGAUGUCAGUCUCUCUCCUAUUUAUUUGCGUAUAAACCUGUUACAAUAAAUGAUCAUUCGAACCGCGUCACGCGCACCUUUAACGACGAAGGCACAAACCACUUUUUGAUGAAUGACUUUCUGGACCGGAGAGGAUGCUCGGGUCAUUUUGAGCAGUCAUUCGUUGCCGACACCGGCAUCCCUCUGUUUUUUUGCGUCCAGCUCAUAAAGGUGUUAUAUUAUUUAGAGGAGGCGGCUGAGCUGAAUGCGGAUUAGAUCCGCCACCAGUCAUCUGAGUACCAGCCCUGGGAUUUUGGAUUUUUUUCUGCACGACUUCAUGAUGGAGAGGAUAAGAAAGGAAAUGAUUCUGAUGGAAAGGGGACUACACAGUCCAGUGGCAGGCAAGAGACACUCCAACCUUUCUGAGUCGGCCGGGAACGCGGUGCUUGAGGCCCUGGAAAAUUCUCAGCACGCCUCGGGUCGCCUCAGCCCGAGAAUAACUUCCGCCUCUCUGCAUGGCAAUCUCGGAGAUAUCCCCAGCAAAGGCAAAUUCGAGAUCGACAGCCUAUUCGGAAACCACCACGGCAGCGACAAUACCUCAUCCAUGGAAAUCUCGUCCUCUGAAAGCAGGAAGAAAAUAAAUCACUAUCCCGAAGUUUCUCCAGACUCCGACAUGAACAGCGAUGUGGAGGUGGGCUGCCCGUCUCACCGUUCGCCGGGAAGCGUCAGCCAGCAGAAAGAAAACAACAGCAAAGGUUACUCGGACAGUAAUUCAGGAACCUCAAACAGUUUAUCGUCUCUCUCCAAUCUUAAUGGUAAUUCCAUCGGUAACUCCAGCAGCUCGAGCGCGGACCAAGUGAGAAGAUAUCGGACUGCCUUUACCCGAGAACAAAUUGGAAGAUUGGAGAAGGAAUUUUACAGGGAAAACUACGUCUCAAGGCCCAGGAGAUGUGAACUGGCCGCAGCGUUAAACCUACCCGAAACAACAAUAAAGGUGUGGUUUCAAAACCGGCGAAUGAAGGACAAGCGGCAGCGCCUGGCCAUGUCCUGGCCACAUCCCGCCGAUCCCAGCUUCUACACCUAUAUGAUGACGCAUGCAGCCGCCACCGGAAGUCUGCCAUACCCUUUCCAUUCCCACAUGCCACUACACUACUACCCCCAUGUAGGUGUCACGGCAGCAGCUGCUGCGGCAGCCGCCUCAGGAGCCGCUUCUUCACCUUUUGCUACCUCUAUUCGUCCCCUCGAUACCUUCCGUGCUCUCUCUCAUCCCUACUCGCGUCCAGAGCUGUUGUGUAGCUUCCGACACCCAGGACUAUACCAGUCACCCCCAGGCUUAAACAGCUCUGCGGCGGCAGCAGCAGCGGCUGCUGCGGCGGCAGCGGCGGUCAGCGCACCGUCGGCCACGGGACCGUGCUCGUGUCUCAGCUGCCACAGCAGUCAGGCGGCCAGUGCACUGGGCUCCAGGGGCGCCAGCUCUGAUUUCAUCUGUACGGCGACCGGGCAGAGGUCCGAGAGCGGAUUUUUGCCAUACUCAGCGGCGGUUCUGAGCAAAACUGCGGUGCCCUCACCAGACCAGAGAGAAGAAAGCGCACUCAAUAGAUAGCUUAGCACUAGAAAACAUUUUUGAAGCACAUGUAAUAAUAGGCUCCCCCUUUUUUGGCAAAACGUUAUUAAAUGUAUUACGCCCAGAAUUAGAAAAAUGAUACAACAAAAUUAAUACAAUUAAUACUAAAGGCCUUCAAACACAUGCAGCGUUACAAAAGUAAAUACGUUAUGCGUUCAUUUAUUUUUUCUUUUGUUAUUUUAA